CAUCUGUCAAUAACAAUGCAAUGCAGUGACGUUUCGCAUUGUAAAAAUUAGCGAAUUCGAAUCUACCUUGUUUCUAAAAUGAAUUAUCAAAGUUCUGAUUUAGUGGUGAAAUAAUGUUAUAGAACACAGUUCCUUCAUUCAACCAGGAUUGUAACUUAAAAGCAAAAUGACUACAAAAGAGCUUUACACGAAGGGGGCCCGGAUAUGGGUGGAACACCCCGAGAAAGUCUGGGAGAGUGCAACGGUCACUGCAGACUACCGCUCCGGAGUCCUUAUUGCCAAGUUAGACCAGACUGGCGAGAUACGACAAAUCAAGAUAAAAGAUGAGAACCAAAUGCCCCCCUUGCGGAACCCCUCACUCCUUAUCGGGCAGAAUGACCUUACAUCGCUGUCAUAUCUUCACGAGCCUGCUGUACUCCACAAUCUUAGAGUCAGAUUCUGCGAUCGCAACGCCAUCUACACAUACUGCGGUAUCGUGCUGGUCGCUAUCAACUCUUACAACGAAUUGCCUAUUUACGGUGAUGAAACCAUCAACGCGUACCGCGGUCAGUCCAUGGGAGACCUGGAUCCUCACAUUUUUGCCGUUUCGGAGGAGGCCUACACCAAGCUUGAGAGAGAGCGGCGAGAUCAGAGUAUCAUAGUGAGCGGCGAAUCAGGAGCCGGCAAAACUGUGUCAGCGAAGUACGCAAUGCGUUACUUUGCGGCCGUGGGCGGGAAUACCAGUGAGACGCAGGUCGAGCGGAAAGUGCUCGCUUCCAGUCCUAUCAUGGAGGCCAUCGGCAACGCUAAAACGACUCGCAAUGACAACUCGUCCCGCUUCGGAAAAUUCAUUGAGAUUCAUUUCGAUGAGCUAUACCGGAUAUCCGGUGCUAGUAUGAGGACUUACUUGCUCGAGAAAAGUAGAGUGGUGUAUCAAAGUUCAGGAGAGAGGAAUUACCACGUGUUCUACCAACUGUGCGCCGCGGCGCACAGUAUGCCCGAACUGCAACUAGACCACCAAGACUCGUUCCACUACUUAAACCAAGGCGGCAGUCCCGACAUAGAUGGCGUCGACGACCUGAGAGCAUUCAACGAGACGAAAAACGCACUUACCACCUUAGGUGUGUCAGAAACGGAACAACAGAACAUGUUCACCAUACUAGCCUGUAUCCUCCAUCUUGGCAAUAUUGAGCUCACGUGCGAGCCAGAUUCGGGGGAUGUGGAAGAAGAUGGAGCUUAUAUCGAUCCGAACGACAAGCACCUACAGAUCGUCUGCUCGCUUCUCGGGGUGGCGAAGCCGGAGCUAAGUCGGUGGCUGACGCAUCGGCGCAUCGCUUCAGCACACGAGGUGAUUGUGUCCCGGAUGGACACACAUCGCGCCGCAUUCGCUCGCGACGCGCUCGCGAAGAGAAUGUACGGCGAGCUGUUCGCUUGGCUCGUCAAGUGUGUGAACCGCGCGCUCGAGACCGAACAGAACAAGAGCCAUUUUAUUGGUGUAUUGGACAUCUACGGGUUCGAAACGUUCGAGAUCAACUCAUUCGAACAAUUCUGCAUCAACUACGCCAACGAGAAGUUGCAGCAACAAUUCAACUCGCACGUCUUCAAGUUAGAGCAAGAUGAAUAUAUCAAAGAAGAAAUAUCAUGGAAGAUGAUCGACUUCUACGACAACCAGCCUUGUAUAGAUUUAAUAGAGGACCGUCUCGGAGUCCUAGCGCUGCUGGACGAGCAGUGCCGCGUGCCGCAGGGUUCCGAUCAGGGCUUCGUGGCCAAACUGCAUGAGAGCUGCCACAAGUACCCGCACUUCAUGAAGCCCAGAUUUGGGAACCAAGCAUUCAUAAUAAAGCACUUCGCCGACAACGUCGAAUACCAGUGCGGAGGUUUUCUAGAAAAAAACCGGGACACAGUAUCAGAAGAGCAGUUAGAAUGCAUUAAGUCAGCUACCAGUUGCAGACUCGUCCACGUCAUGUUUGACUCCGACCGGGCGCCGGACGCGAGCGCCACCGCCACGCUGCCGCCGCCGUCGCGGCGUCGCACCACGCCCGCUGUGCCGCUCACUAGUCUUACGCAACCGCCACGUCGAGCGUCCGGCCAGAAGCAAACGGUCGGCGCCCAGUUCCGGGCGUCCCUCUCAGCUCUCAUGGCGACCUUGUCCGCCACCACUCCACACUACGUGCGCUGUAUCAAACCCAACGACACGAAACAGCCCUUCCAGUUCCACCCCGCCAGGGCCGUCAACCAACUCCGGGCAUGCGGUGUGUUGGAGACUAUAAGGAUUUCAGCGGCCGGUUUCCCGUCCCGGUGGUUGUAUCAAGACUUCUUUAACAGCCUGGGCGGGUCGCUAGUGGCGUACUUAGAAAAGAUCCGCGCCGACAUACAGCGUUUGUACUGCGUGCGCGUCCAAAGCUGCGUGCGUCGGUUCGUGGCAAGGCGCAAAUAUUUACGCCUUACACGCGCCUUGCGUGGGUUGCAGGCUCACUGCCGAGGCUUCCUCGCUAGACGCAAAGCGCAAGAAAUCCGCCGCACGCGGGCCGCGAUCAAGAUCCAACGGUACCUGCGCGGCUGGCUGGCGCGCCGUCACUACCAGAGGCUUCGUCGCCUGGCCGUGGGGCUCCAGGCCCACGCCAGGGGGUACCUGGCCCGCAGGCUGUAUAGAGACGCUCGCAGGGUCAAAGCGGCUUUGACGAUCCAACGCUACGCUCGCGGCUACCUCGCGAGGAAGCGUGUAAAGGCGAUCAGACGUGGCAUUAUAAUAGCGCAAGCUGCGGUUCGCCGCUUCCUCGCCCGCCGCCUGUACAAGCGUCUCCGCAUCGAAGCCAGGAGCCUGGACCACGUCAAGACCCUGAACAAGGGGCUGGAGAACAAGAUCAUCAGCCUCCAGCAGAAGUUGGGAGAAGCGCAGCAGAAGACCAGGGCCCUGGAGCCGUUGGUGACGCAGCUCGCUGAAGCCAGAGCAAAACUGGAACUCCUGCGUCUAGUAGAAAUCGAGGCAAAGACUCUCAAAGUGUCUAUCGAAGACAAGGACAGCAUCAUAGCAUCCCUGCAGGCUGAGUUAGCGAGCGAGCGAGAUAGCAACAAGCGGCUUAUAGAGGAGAAGAAAGAGAUAGAGAAGACGUAUAAGAUAGAGAGGGAGACGUGGGAGGGAGAGAGCGAGAAGUUGGCUAAUGAGUUGAAGAGUAAGAAGGAACAGUUCGACUUGGCCAUUGAAGGUAAGUUCGUUCCUGGCGAGCCUACCGUAGCUUCAUUGGAUACUGAAUCUCCGAAUGUUCCCGACAAUGAUUUGAACGAAGACAGUCAGUUUGAUGAUAGUCCACCAAAAGUUCCAUUAUGGUCGAAGGAGUUUGAGAGUAGAGCUCAAUUCUGGAAAGAACGAGACAAACAGCACGAACAGGAAAAGAACGCGCUCAGCGCUGAGUUGGAAGCAGAAAGGCAGAGCAGACAGAAGCUGCUCACGACGCAGUAUGAGCUACAGGAGAGAUUGGACUCUCUACAGCGGGCACCCACGACGAAGGAACACCGGCGAUCUCUAUCCGAUGCUAGCAACAACUCACAACAGGAGACGACGGUUGAAGAUGACUUCGGUUACGGGUCGGUGCGUUCCGUGGAAAACACUCGCCCCGCUCUUGAAGCCGUCAACUGGUCCGCCGGCGCCCACAACGGACCUAUGCCGAUCGCGGACGCUGGGCUGGUACUGCGCAUGCAGAACCGUAUAUCCGCUCUGCAGAGCGAACUAUCGCGGACCACCAAACGGGCGAACGACUUGGAAGAGAGGCUCAUGAAUCGGCUGUCAUCACCCCCCACCAACCCCAACCUGGAUCGCUUCAAAGUGGAAGAACUCGAGAUUGAAAAUAAGAAGCUUCGGGAACAUCUGGAACGUCUACGGUCAGCUGGCGAUACCACUCUACUCACCAAGGAAGUUAUAGAUCAACUUGGAAUUAUGCAGAAAGAGCUGGACAGGCGUCGAGACGAGUGCAUACAACUGAAGAGCGUGCUUACCAACACCAAACCACAGUGGUUCCAAACUCUGAAAAAUGUCACGGUGAACUUGAAGUCGCUCACGACGUCCAGCUACGGGUCCGACGUGGAUAUCGUCAACGAGGAUGGCGAGUUGGCUACGGCUUAUGAGACGCAGAAGGGUAUUAACAGGCAAUUGCAAGAAGAGCUUAUGGCCGAGAAGAAGUUCUAUUCGGAUCACAUAUCGAAGACGAAGGCCGAAAUCGACCGGCUGCGAGAGGAGAAUGAGAAAUAUCAGAAGUUGUUGAGCGUUGAACUGAGUCAAGAGCCGAAGAACAAGCAGCAAGAAUUCGCUCAGAAUGAGAUCAUCAAAUUGGCGGCUGAGAGUCUGGCGUUGCAGGAACGCGUAGACAAACUGUCAGAGAGCUGCCGUCGCUACAAGAACCAGAUACGUCUGCUAGUCAACAAGUUACGCGAGGCGGGCAUAGAAGACGUUAGCGAUAUAUUGGAGAGCAAUGAUGCCGUGGUGCCACAGAACGCGUCUCUCGCUCCCGAGAUAGCGCCCGUCUCGCGUAAGAAAGAGAGGGAGUAUCUCGGCAUGUUCGAGUAUAAGAUACAGGACGAGGGCAAGAUUAUUAAGAAACUUAUUACAGAUUUGAAGCCGCGGACAGCCGUAACCCUACUUCCUGGGCUACCAGCUUACAUCAUUUUCAUGAUGCUGCGUCACAUGGACCAUGUGGACGAUGAGCCUAAGAUGCAUCAGCUCCUGAAAGCCGUCAGGAUCGGAGUCAAGAAGACGCUCAGAAAACGAGCAGAUAGUGUGGAGUAUAGUGCUCUUUGGCUAGCGAAUAUGCUAAGACUCCUAAACAACUUGCGCCAAUAUAGCGGAGACGCGGUCUAUCAAAAAGAGAACACGCCUCGUCAGAACCAGCAGUGUCUUCGCAUUUUCGAUUUGUCAGAAUACCGUCAGCUGCUGAGUGAUACUGCUGUGCAGAUCUACCAAGGUGUCAUCACACUGCUGGAGAGGCAGGUGGAGCGGUUGAUCGUCGGCGCCAUAUUGGAAUACGAGGAGAUCAGCGGACUGUCGGGCCCCGCGCGCGCGCCGCCGUCGCCGCCGGGCGCGGGCCCGGCGCGCCUGAAGCAGGAACUCAGCGCUGCGCACGACCACCUUCACACCUACCACGUUGACGCUUCUCUACGCGUCAUGAUCUUCAAACAGCUGUUCUACUACAUCUGCGCGUACAGCUUGAACCAGCUACUCCUGCGCAAAGACCUGUGCUGCUGGGCCAAGGGGCUGCAGAUCAGAUACAACAUCUCACACCUGGAGAACUGGAUCAAGGAACAACUGGCUGAGUACGGCCAGAAGAGCGUGGACGAAAUCUUGAGCGUACUGAAACCUAUAACACAAGCUGUACAACUCCUGCAAGCAAGGAAGUCCUUGGCCGAUGUACAGAGCACAGUCGAUAUGUGCUCCAACCUCACCGCUAUGCAAGUCUGCAAGAUCCUGAACAUGUACACUCCUGCCGAGGAUUAUGAAGUGAAGGUCACCCGAGAGUUCAUACACGAGAUACAGAAGAAAAUGCAGGAGAAGGCGGGACCCAACGCGGACAAGGAACCGCAAAACCUUCUGAUGGAUUCGAAGAUGAUCUUCUCGGUUCAGUUCCCGUUCAACCCUUCCUCCAUCCGGCUGGAAGACAUCGAGCUGCCCGAAGUUCUGGGCCUCGAGGGGCUGCUCACCAAGAUAUAAACGGGUUAGAUUAGAUGCAACCAGCCUUUACAAAGGCAUUUUAAAAUCAAAACCACUAGCUGAACACAAAAUAACCCAGUGGCUUUUAAUAAGGCAUUUUAUAGCCAGAACAUAAUUUACAGUAAAAUUUUUUAGGUGGACCUAAAAUAACCCAGUCGGCUUUAUAAAGGCAGUUAACAGUUUAUAGC